AUGGGUUGGAAAGCAGCUGAGAAACUGAUUAGGCAUUGGAAAGUUGUGCGAGGAGAUAAUGUUAUGAUUAUAAGGGGCAAAGAUAAGGGCGAGACUGGGGUUAUUAAGCGCGUUGUUCGCUCUCAGAAUCGUGUCAUUGUUGAAGGCAAAAAUCUGGUAAAGAAGCAUAUCAAGCAAGGGCAAGGUCAUGAAGGGGGUAUCUUUACAGUUGAAGCCCCAAUCCAUGCCUCCAAUGUGCAAAUUCUUGAUCCAGUCACAGGGAAGCCUUGCAAGGUUGGAACUAAGUAUCUUGAAGAUGGUACCAAAGUCAGAGUGUCCAGGGGAAUAGGAGCUUCUGGCUCCAUUAUUCCUCGUCCAGAGAUCUUAAAGAUUAGAACUACACCAAGACCUUCUGUCGCUGGUCCCAAGGAUACUCCAUUGGAGCAUGUGUACGAGAAGACAUACGAUGCUAAAACAGGAAGGGGCAUGCCUGAACUUUAA